AUGGCACCCGGCGAACAAAACCUCUCCACCCUCCUCGCAACAAUGGAACCCACACUGGACCCAAAAACCUACGUCUUCAUCACCACAACCCAAGCUCUGCACUCGCUUCCACUAGCCACAAUACAACCCACCCUAAUCGCCCACGAAGUCGAGGGCACAACCAUCGUGACGACGGCGGACCUUGCCGCAUCGCACGGUCUCGAGGGUGUAUUCCCGUGCAAGAGAAUCUCACUGACGGUGCAUUCGAGUCUGGAGGCUGUGGGGUUGAUUGCGGCCAUCACAAAUCGUCUUAAGGAUGAUCGGAUUAGCACGAAUGUGGUCAGUGGAUAUUACCAUGAUCAUAUUUAUGUGCCUGUGGAGCGAGCGGAGGAUGCUAUGCGAGUUUUGGAGGAGAUGAUUGAGGAGGCGAAGAAAUAG